AUGUGGAAGCGGCCCUCUGCGAUGCCGUCAUGCUCCGCUUCAGCUCGGUCCUCCCCGUCUCACCGCCGCCUCAUCGCGACCUCCCCCUCCUCACCAUCUCUCGCGUCCUCCGCAGAAUUCGAUGAUGCCGGCGAUGCCGCCGGCAGUGCAUCUGACAGCGAGGAAGCGCACUCGCCGCCACGUGCGUGCAUGGACGGGUCUCCGACAGACGUGAGGGAUGGGGCAGGGAAUGUGGCAUCCAUCACGGAUCCCGACAGCGCUGCCAGUGUACGCGAUAAGAGCGCCGACCAUCUGCGGGGGUGUGACGAUGUUGUUGUGGAGGGCAUCCCGGCCAACUCCUUCUCUGCACGCCCGUCGUCCACGCCGGCGACAAGGACGGCACCACGGACUGACCGCGUCGGCAGCCUCAGUGAGGACCGCCAACAGGUAGAAGUGCGAUCUGCAAACUCGCAGAGUCAUCACGGCUCGCUGGUCUCCGCGUCGGCGAAGAAGGACCGCAGUGGCGCUAUAGGCGCCGACAACGGCAACGGCAGCGCAGAGGUGCUGCAAAGACAGCAGCUGAGCUCGCCCCUCAUCACGUAUAUACAGUCCUCUUCCGACGUCAUGGACGCCGCAGGCGUACUACGUCACCAGCACGUACAGCACACCGCCGCACCGCCGUCAUGUAUCGCCCCUUCUGCUUCGUGGUCCCCUACAUGCGGCUCACCUCCGCUGACCCCGACCGCAGCUACGGAGCAUCAACGGCAGCAGCAGCAACACAUCUACCACACGGCAAUACCGUCAGCGCUGGACGUCGUGCCUCCCCGCUCGUUCACUCAACAAGCUCCUUCGCUGCAGAGGGCCGCAAAAAAACAGUCACGGUCACGGUCCUCCUUGACGCUGGGUGUGCCGGCAGCUGCACACCCAGUUUUGCUCUCCAAGUCCACUUCUCACCCCGAAACACAGCGCACGCGCUCGUCCUCGCCGUCCUUGCGCAGUCCAACCCCGCUGGACCUCACGGCACCGCCGAAGCGUCGCCCAGUUCGCCGCAGCGACAUGGUGGAGAGCGCGGAGGCGAUGGGCGAAGUGGAAGAACCGCGCGCAGACGAGACAGUGAAGCGGCGAGGCAACGGAUCUGCUGCUCCGCCCAAGUCCGAUCAGCCGCAGCUGCUGGGCGCAGCGAAGAGUUGUCAGUGGGCGCAGCAGAGGCCACGCAGGCUCAGCUUCAGUGGGUCAUCAGCAGCGGCAGCAGCGGACCACUUCGCCACCGCCUCCCAGGCAGAAUCCGGCGCACUUGACAAGGUCUGUGUGGCGCCGUCGCCUUCCACCCCUCCUCCUGCUGCACAUUAUUCCGGCGCCAACGCGCCUGGAGCACAAGCUGAGGCAGAGAAGGUCAUCGCCGCGUCGGGCGAGUCGAAGCUGGAGCGGAUUGGAACCCCAGAGGCUGAUUAUACGCUGGCAUCAAGGGCGUCUGCGACGGUGCCGCACACAUCGCUCAAGCGUGAAACUGCAGUCGUAGCGCAGCAGCAGCUGCUGUCCUCCCCGCCGCCGCGACAUCUUUCACAAGAGCUCCUCCCCUCUCCAGAGCCUCUGAGGGACCUUGGGAGCCCUAUGCGACUUCACGAAGGGCAGUGGCCGUCAUCGCACCCGUUCGUGGGCGCGGAUGGCCACGCGCUGCCAGCACCAGUGCUGCUGACUGACCCUCCUGCCACGGCAUCGAGACCAGCAUCGUGCGCAGGGGCAUCCGCCACAGUGAAGUCACUCUCUGUUAGACAUGUAGAGCGAUCACCGCAACAUCUACAGCGGCAGCUGUCGUCAGCCGUGCGCCUGAGCAUCCGCGGCCCAGACGGCAGUGGCGGUGGCAGUGCCGAUGGCGCACCGCCAUGUGUGCCGCAGGUGAUUCCAACGCACGAUAGCGUGUUCUUCCCUAUGGGGACAGACGUGAUCGCGCCCGUGUUGCUGCACUACCUCACCGUCGCCGGCUGGUCCACAACGGCGGGUGGGCGUGACUACUUCAGUCACCGACGCCUGCGUGGAGGUGAGGUGGCGGGCCACACGGUGCGCUGGCUGCACACGGCGAAACCACGCGACCAAUUCGUUUUCCUUGUCACGCCUGUGAUAAACCGCAAACAGGUAGCGGUCGAGUGCGGCAAAGAUGCCGCGGCUGAACAACGCCGGCGGUGCAAGCCAAGCAGCGUCGCUGGAGCGUCUCCGAUAGCAAGCGGAAGCGAAGGCGGUGCCGCCACUGGGGCCGCACUCAACGUGCCAAGCAGCGGUCCCAGCCCAAAGGCCCACAGGACAUGGAGCGGCAUCACCCGCGCGGCCACCACGACAAGGCGCUGGGGAUGGAAUACGCCCGCCAAACGGCUACAGGCGCUCCGCACACGCGUCUUCGGCGAAGCGCCGUGGUUCACCUACGGCACCAAAACGGUAUGUGCGUGCAGCCUCAUUGCCCAGGUGAACGACGAUGACUCCCUCUCCGUCUCUGAUGCGGCCACGCCGAGCGGUGACAGCCUUAGCAACCUCAGCAAGAACGACGGCGAUGACGAAGAUGAGGUUGCUGACAGCGCCACUGACAGCAGGUCUGGUAGGGAUGAGGCUUUCCGGCGCUCGCCACGCAUGCGGCGCUCAACCCAGUGCUUGUCUCCGUCCCUUCCAGAUGCGCAGAUGUCAGGGGUGAGUCGCGACGGUAUGCGCAGCGGCAUCUCCCCGUACAGCAUGUCACCGACGCGCUUGGCGCGGCAGUCCUCGCAAAGCCCAGCUGCAAGCGUGGCGAGUGCGGCAUCUUCGCCCACAAGCUCGUCAGCAUUGGUAGGGCUGGCGUCGCCAUCACCAGGUAGACAGCGAGCGACAACGCAGAAUGCCUUACCGGCCAUCGCCCCAGCUCGCAGCGCCACCCCUGUCGAACUGCGACGCGCCCGCAGCAGCGCCGGGGGUGGCAGCGGCACCUACAGCAGCUACGUGUGGUCACCUGUCACAGGCACAGCGACUGCGGCGAGCGUGGCCUCGCCGGUCACCCCGUCGCAGCCACUGCAGUCGCUCGUUCCUGCAGCGGCGCCAGCGUCCUCGUCAGCGGCCGCGAAUACCCCUCCGGUCUCGGUUGGCGUUGAGGCGGUGGUGGUAGCCCACGCCGAUGUGACGGCGAUGGACUACGCCCCUCGGCUUACCUCUCAUCGGCUUUCGAUUGAAGCCAAAGCCGCCCACACGUACUUCUUCCCGUUGCUCAGCGACGCUUUGGCGUACUACCAGUGCGAAGACGCGAUGGGGCUCAUGGAGGAGCAGUGGGCCGCCGGGGUGACGAGCCAGGUUCCACGCCCACGUGCGGCGGCCCCGCGCUCCCAGCGGCGGCAGCACCCACUCCGGCAGUCCAGCCACCUGUCGGCGGCCGGUUUCGGCAGUGGAAGUCGCAAUGCGAGCGUGCCCACAGCACCGCUGUCGUCACUGGGAACUCCGCCCCUGCACGAGGAUGGCGACCCGCCGAACCUCUUCUCGUCUACCUCGCGGGAGCCGCCGAGCAUGACAGCGGAUGCGCACCGAUGUCGCGAAGGUGAUUGCCGCGAGGGACAAACGCCCUGGCGCAGCACGUCCGCUGCAGAGAGCGCACGGCAUGCGUUGUGGGGCAGCGAGGCGGGGAGCGAUAGCACCGGCACCGGUAUGAGUCUCUCCGGGACUCCUCUCGGGCCGCAUCGGCACCAACAGCCGCCGCCCAAGACACCCGUCAUCGUGCACCCAGCAACGUUUCUGCCGUCGCAGCCACUGAGUCUGUCAGAUGCGCUGCGCAGCGCUCAGAGCAUGGGAAGCGUCACCUGCAGCGGUUCAAACGGCGGCGGCCGGCUGGGCCUCAGCAGCAGCGCCACCUUCAGGCCUCCGACGCCUCUCCCUCGCACCGCCUCAGCCGGCCGCGUCACCCCCGCUUCAGCACCUACGGCCCCUCGCUUUGUUCCCGCCUUGCAACCGCAGCUAUGCUACCAGUCACCAGUGCAACCGCACCUGACGUCCUCGCACGGCGAGGUAGUCGUCAGCGUGUACACAGCGGACCCCGUCUUCAACACCGUGCUGCGCGAGCUGCUGGUGCCGGAGCCGGGCACCCAUCCAUACACGGUGAGCGUGGCGGAGCAGAAGCGGCUCCUCUCCAUGGUCGAGGUGGGCAUGCCGGCGUGGUGCGUCUUCUACAGCUCCACCGGCCUGCCGUACCGUCGUCUGUUCCGCCUGCUCUACUCGGGUCUCAUCAACCUCUGGCCACUGCUCUCGCUCGCCGUGGGGCUGUACGACUUGUACAAGCACCUACCGCAGCUGAAGCGGUUCAUGGAGCACACGCUAGAGCCCAUCACUCGGUGGAUGGAGCGGCGCUUCACGAUUCGCGUCUCCGUCCUCGUCACUUAUCUUAUCUCCGUCGUGGUCACCAUCUGCAGCAGCCUGAGCUCCUUCGUCUCCCAGUUUUAUGUGGUGCAGCUCCUCUCCCUGCCGAUCGUGCAGCUCGUGCUGGCGCUGCUGAAGCUGCCCUUCGUGAUCGCCUUCGACACGGUGUGGACUUUGGCGACGGCUGUCCUCGGCACCAUCGGCCUCGUGCUGCAGGUGGUGCGGAUGGUGGUCAUGGCACCGUUCGUCCUGGUGACAAACUUGGCGUCGCUGCGCGACACGUUUGGUGCUGCCGUGCCGAUGGCCGUCGAGGGCACGUCGGCUUCAGUGAAGCAGUGGCGCGCGUGGGUCGAGUUCUGGCAAACCGUGGCGUCGCCCAUGAAAAACGCGGCGCGGGCGUGGUGGGACUCGAUGAUCCACGUCAGCACCUCGGCCGCGCGGCGUGAGAUGUCCAUACGGCGGUGGACCUCGCCCAAGCUGGAGCAACUGGCAAUGGUGGUGGGGGAGGUGCAGGACUGCGUCACCAUCAACGCACAGCUGUGGUGGACGGAUAUUCUGCUGCCAGGCAUCGAGCGCAAGGUGCUGCUGAGCGUGAUGCUGGUGUACCUGUAUUGGUUGUUCUUGGGCAUCUCCCCCGAGCUCUGGGAUGAAGUCAUCUACGCCUCCGGCGUGCGGCACCACCCGUCCCUCCGCAAGGGCGAAUUGACAUCGCCGACGGCGACGGUGACGUCGGGGACACAGAAAGUGGCACCGCCACCGUCUUCGCCUUUCCCAGCCACACCACCAGUCGACAGUCACGUGGAUGCACCGCACACGGCUGGCAGCAUCGACACGUACGACGGCGACAGAUGUGUGUCGGUGUCCACUACAUCUGUGGGUGGGGAGUGGGGUUUGUACGCCUACCUAUACAACCUGCUUCGAGAUACUGGGAGCCACUCCUCCCCCUCCUCCUCUUCUGCCGGCACGGGACCGACGUCAGCGGUCUCCGCGGCGAAGUCUCCGAGCGCCGGUGACGUCAGCGACGUCCCUUCUCUCACCUCGCGCCCAGAGCCGCAGCAGGCGUUUUCAGUCCUCGUGGCUGAGCUGCUGUUACCCAACAUGGUGCUGGAGCUUCUGCAUCAAGCUCGCAGUGCGCUUCUGCUCGGCUGGUCCCGCGGUGUAGCGGUUGUGUCGUGCAUGGCGGCGGGUCACGUGAAGGCGCCGCGGAGCGACGGCCCCGGCGAAGCAUGCGACAAGGGUAGCAGAGACCCCACCACACCCUUCCCGUGCUUGUCUGCGGAUCCGCUGGAUGCCGCGUGA